GCAACCGCGGUGGCGGUGGCGGCGCAGAGCUCCGUGCGCCCCGCAGUCAGGACCCUGGGAGCGCGCGAGGCUCCCGGGACCCGGACGGUGCAGCCGCGCCGACGCGGUUUCGCUGGGCGCCAGGCUGGCAGAGGGACGGUUCCUCCUUUCUCUUUCUUUCUCCUUCUCGAGUCCUUCUGAGAUGAGGGCUCUGGGCUCAGCGGGAGCUGCCCGGGUCUUGGUCGCCUUGGUAGCGGCGGCUCUUUGCGGUGCCCCUCCGCCUGGAGUCACCGCCACCUUGAACUCGGUUCUCGUCAAUUCCAACGCGAUCAAGAACCUGCCCCCACCGCUGGGCGGCGCUGCCGGGCACCCAGGCUCCGCAGUCAGCGCCGCGCCGGGGAUUCCGUACGAGGGCGGGAACAAGUACCAGACCCUUGACAACUACCAGCCGUACCCGUGCGCUGAGGACGAGGAGUGUGGCACGGAUGAGUACUGCGCCAGUCCCACCCGCGGAGGGGGCGCGGCCGUGCAAAUCUGUCUCGCCUGCAGGAAGCGCCGAAAACGCUGCAUGCGUCACGCUAUGUGCUGCCCCGGGAAUUACUGCAAAAACGGAAUAUGUAUGCCUUCUGAUCACAACCAUUUCCAUCGGGGAGAAAUGGAAGAAACCAUCAUUGAAAGUUUUGGUAACGAUCACAGCACCUUGGAUGGGUACUCGAGAAGAACCACACUGUCUUCAAAAAUGUAUCACACCAAAGGACAAGAAGGUUCUGUCUGUCUCCGAUCAUCAGACUGUGCCACAGGGUUGUGUUGUGCUAGACACUUCUGGUCCAAGAUCUGUAAACCUGUCCUCAAAGAAGGUCAAGUGUGCACCAAGCACAGGAGAAAAGGCUCCCACGGGCUGGAGAUAUUCCAGCGUUGUUACUGUGGAGAAGGUCUGUCUUGCCGGAUACAGAAAGAUCACCACCAAGCCAGUAAUUCUUCUAGGCUUCACACCUGUCAGAGACAUUAAACCAGCUGUGCAAAUACAGUGGACUCCUUUUAUAUUAUAUAUGCUAUGAAAACCUUUUAUAACUUUUGUGAGUUCAAUCGUAAGGAUGUACAAAUUCUUUGGUUACAUUUAAGCAUUCCAAUAAUACCUUCCGAAAAUCUGGAGUGUAAGAGCUUUGUUUCUUUAUGGAACUCCCCUGUGAUUGCAGUAAAUUACUGUGUUGUAAAUUCUCAGUGUGGCACUUACCUGAAAAUACAACAAAACUUUUAAUUAUUUUUCUAAAGGUGCUGCAUUGUCUACUGUUUCUCUUGUUAUGUAAAUUGUUGUACACAUUGAUUGUUAUCUUGACUCUGAUAAAUAUUCUAUAUUGAACUGAAGUAAAUAAUUUCAGCUCAGAGUUCCUAAAUGCAUAACCCUUUAUCCUUUUAAUUCUAGAGUCUAGAAUUCAAGGAGCUCUUGGAAUGACAAAUGAUAGGUAUCUAAAAGCUUACAUGAGAAUAUUAGCUUAUUUUCUGAAAUGUACUAUCUCAAUGCUUAGAUUAUAUUUUUCUCUAGGCCGUGAUAGUCCUUUAAAUAAAAUUUAACAUUUAAUAUCAUGAAAUGUUACAAGUAUAGAUAAAUUUUGGGAUUGUGAUCUUAGAGGGGUGUGUGUAUGUGCGUGUAUGUGUGUGUGUGUGUGUGUGUGUGUGUUCUACAGGAACAGAUAUGUGACAUGUUUAAAGAAGACCAAAGAAAAGAUAUUGUCUAAAUGUAUGACAAUAUCGAUCAAUUCUAGAGUAACUUUAAAUAAAAAUGUGUUCUCUAUUGAUAAAGUCAAAUGAUCAUGGUAGUAUGAGGUUGAAUCUUGCAUUAAUAGUUUCAAAAUUAGUGUUCAAUAAAUUAAUAUCUACCUAAAUGGUCAAUACCUAUUGGACAGAGAAGGAAAUUGUUCACAAAGGUAAUACCAAAGUACUUGGUGGUUGGCAGAAAGAGAAUGUAUAUGUAGAAAUACGUUUAACAAAGACAUGCAGAUUUUGUACCAAAUAAGUUAAUUUGAAGUAUCUUAAGUACUACUACAUGCAAGCAAGACUUGUUCCAGUUACUUUGAUUUUAAAAUAAUUAUUAAAUAAAAAUCAUCAAUCCUUCCUCAUU